AUGAGCUCUUUGCAUCGAGAAGCGGUGUUCAACUUUUUUGUCGAGAAGGGAAUUCUGUUGAAAGACGAAUGGCUAUUGGCGUGCCUCGAGUUUCUUUAUGGAAGAUCUGUGCUCAGGAAUCAGCAGCCCACCCGAGUCAACGCACUUGUCUUCGAACAAUGGCUCAACACAGAUCUAGCCGACUCUUCUUAUCCAACGAUUGGGCAAAUAGAGUUGGAUCUAAAUGCAGAACGAUUAGAACUGCCUUCACAACUGAUUCUUCAAAUCGCAAGUCUCACAGAUAUUGGAAUGUCAGCGCAUGGCCAGUUGAACGGUUUCACACACGAUGUGGUUGACGAUUCAGGAUUUGAACCUCUACAAGAAAAAGAUCAGGAAUCAUACAUGAAAGAGACUUCAAAGAGGUGUUUACUUUUUGAGGCGAACGAUGGAGCGAAUCAUGUGAAACUUCUCGAAUAUUAUCUGACACCAUUUCUUUCAUUGAAAGUACGUCCUGGAGCCAAGAUUUUAAUGCUACCUCAAACUCGCAUAAGACGUGGAACCUUUUAUUUGACAGCGAAAAAUUGUCAACUACUCGGCGGUGAAGUUGAGAAAUACGCUUCUGGGUUGCCCAUCGACAUGUUACGGAAACGAUUGAAUCUAACGUCUCUCGGGGCAACUUCAGCUUUAACAGGAAAAGAAAAUGUUGCCGAAAAUGCUCAAGAGCGAUCUUCCCCAGCCAUAUCUAUUCCCAUUUCAAGCGAAACCACAAAGAAAAUGGAUCAAAAAGCUCCCAUCAAUGAUAAAAAGGAUGCGACUGUAAUAGGACGCAUUCCCUCUAGCUCCAACACGACAUUUUCUUUACUUGACGAUGAUGAUUUUGAAGACAACACCAAUGAUGAUCCAACAACAAGAAACCAAGUCUCAUUUAUGGAGAGCCAAAAUUUAACGAUCGAAGAAGAAGAUUCAUUUGAUGCGCCAGCACCCUCAGAAUUACAACGACUUCGAGAGUAUCAAAAUGCGAGACGGAUAGAGCAACAAUUGUCUACAUCAAGCACAUGCUUACGUCAACAAAAAGAACAAACACCACCAUUACAGUCCGACUUUUCGAUGACCGACGAGCUACCACCAACCCCAUCACCACGGCGGCACUACGAUGAACCGGUGAUUAAUCGGCUACCUUUACAAACGAAAACCCUUUUCUCGGCUCCACCCAUAAAACGACCAAGACCCUCAAUGCUUACAACAAUAAAGCAAGAACCGGAUGAUGUAGAAGUCAUUAAUCUGGAAGACGAGGAUGACGAUUGGAAACCCGCACCCAAAACGUUGCAAGGAGCUUUGGAGCAAUAUGAUAGAAACGAGAGUGGUGAGAUCGAGCGAGGAAAAGAAACGCCGAAACACUCCGGAAAAAUUCACGAAAACAGAUGGGGGACUCCUUCACCAAAUGUUCGACUUAGCGUUUCAGAGCCACCAAUUCUCACCGCUUUCAAGGAGUUGAAAAUUGUUUACAUAGCCGACGCGUUGAAGCAAAUGCGAUACACUGUUGGCAGCUUGAAGAGAAAUGUUCAGGGAGUAAUCGAGAGAGUCGUCGAACCGCUGACAAUCGUCGAUAGACUGUGGACACAAACGGUGGCGAUACGCGAUGAAUCCACUUCGCCAGAUGGUAUCAAUUGUAUCAUAGCUGGGAAAGUGCUCGAACAACUUAUCGGGAUGGCCCCCGAUGAGGCGGCGGAAAUUCGCCGUUCCUCAAGCGUUCAACGCCGAUCCGAGGGUAAAGCACGACUCGUGGCUCUACAACAUGCAAUGGAACGCUUAGAUUUGAUAUUCGAAAUUGAGUUCUUUUCCCGUCGCGAAGUGACACCGGUGAUCUGUGAUUUACAGACUCUCGCUCAAAGGUUGAACAUGCUG